GAACAGGAGGAACCAGAGCCAUCACAGAUUAAAGAGGACAAAGAGGAGCUCUGCAUCAAUCAAGAUGAAAAGCAACUUGAUCUGAAGCAGGAAACUGGUAACUUGAUAGAGAUUCCUACUUAUGAGGAAAAUGACAACAGGGAAACAGAUCUAGAGAAACGGCCGAGCUUUAAUGUAACUGGUAAUGAGAAAGACCAACAGAACAGACAAAAGAAGACCCCAAGAGUCUGUAAAGAAUGCAGUAGAAGUUUUGGUUCCUUGUCUCAUUUCAGAUUUCACAUGAGAAUCCAUGAAAAGGGGAAUCUAUUUGCUUGUCAAGAAUGUGAUAGAAGUUUUAGUCAAAAAUCUCAUCUUAAUUCACACAUGAGAACUCACACAGGAGUGAAUCUUUUUUCUUGUAAAGAAUGUGAUAAAAGUUUUAGUCAGACAUCCAAUCUAACAACACACAUGAGAAUUCAUACAAGAGAAAAAACUUUUUCUUGUAACAAAUGUGACAGAAGUUUUAGUCAAAAGUAUUAUCUUGAAAAACACAUGAUAACUCACACAGGAGAGAUGCCUUUUUCUUGUAAAGAAUGUGAUAAAAGUUUUAGACUUGUAGUUUAUCUCAAAGCACACAUGAAAACUCACAAACGACAGAAGCCUUUUUACUGUGAAGAAUGUGACAAAAGUUUUAGUCUAAAGUGUUUGGUCAAAAGCCACAUGAUAAUUCACAUGGGAGAUAAGCCUUUUUCUUGUCAAGAAUGCAAUAAAAGUUUUAGACGAAGAGGUGAAUUAAGAACACACUUGAGAAUUCAUACAGGGGAGAAGCCCUUUUCUUGUAAGGAAUGUGACAGAAGUUUUAGUCAAAAACAUCAAUAUGAUUCACACUUGAGAACUCACACAGAGGAGAAAACUUUUUCUUGUAAAGAAUGUGAUAAAAGUUUUAGUCAAAAAAGUAACCUCAAUACACACAUGAAAACUCACACAGGAGAUAAACCAUUUCAGUGUCAGGACUGUGAUAGAAGUUUUGCUCUAAAAAAUACCCUCAAAAUACACAUGAGAAUUCACACAGGAGACAAGCCAUUUUCUUGUCGAGAAUGUAAUAAAAGUUUUAGACAAAGAUGUGAAUUAAAACCACACAUGAGAAUCCAUACAGGAGAGAAGCCUUUUUCUUGUAAAGAAUGUGAUACACGGUUUCAUUACAUACAUAGACUCCAAUCACACAUGAUAACCCACACAGGAGAAAAGCCUUUUCCUUGUAAAGAAUGUGACAAAAGUUUUAGUCGAAAUUCUACUCUCAAAAUCCACAUGAGAAAUCACACAGGAGAGAAGCCUUUUUCGUGUAAAGAAUGUUAUAAAAGUUUUAGUCGAAAUUAUGCUCUCACAACACACAUGCGAACUCACACAAGAGAGAAGCCUUUUUCUUGUAAACAAUGUGAAAAAAGUUAUAGGUUUGCAGGUGGUCUAAGAAAACACCUGAUAACUCACACAAGAAAGAAGCCUUUUUCUUGUAAAUAAUGUGAUUACAGUUUUAGUCAUGCAUAAUUUCAAAACACGUAAAAACACAGGAGAGAAGCCUUUUUCCUUGCAAAUACCUUGAUAGAGGUUUAAGUUGAAUAUAAAGUCUCCUAAUUUACAUAUGAGAAUUCGCACAGGAGAUCAGCCUUUUUCUUGUUUAGGAUUUUUUACAAACUAUUAACUUGGGGAAAGACGGAAAAAUCAGCUGAGAAUGUAAAAGAUGUUAGGGAUUUACCUUCAUUCAUUCAUUCAUCUUCCUGACCGUUUCGUCCCUUCCGGGGUCGCGGGGGUGCCGGAGCCAAUCCCGGCUACUGAUGGACGAAGGCGGGGUUCACCCUGGACAGGUUGCCAGUCUGUCGCAGGGCCUCAAUCACACACAUACACUCUCACAUUCACACCUAGGAGCAAUUUAGAGUCACCAAUGAACCUAAGGGAUUUACAUAAGAAGGGAAAAAUGUUGUUGAAAAAGUACCACUUUUCUUAAUCAAGAAAUAAAGUGAGAUUUAAUACAGAAGUUGUUUGAAUAGAUUGAAAAAUUGUGUUAUUUUGAUGAUUUUAUGUUAUCUGGGAAAUAAACAACCCUCAGUUGUCCAUCCAUCUUCCUGACCGCUUUGUCCCUUUCGGGGUCACGGAGGUGCCGGAGCCUAACCCGGCUACUAAUGGGCGAAGGCGGGGUUCACCCUGGACAAGUCGCCAGUCUGUCACAGACCCUCAAUUGUGUCUCAGAAAAUGUAAAUAUUUAAAGAAAUUGUUCUUAUUGCUCAUAACUCUUGGGGUUCCAUCAUAAUCAACUAAUGCUCUCAAAAAAUUGCAAACACUUUUUUGGUCUCUUAACCCGAGUUUGUAGAGUACAAUACAUUCUGAAACACUUCUUCCCACACUCAUAGAGGUACCUAAAUCUACUUCACUGACAUUAUGUUACUGUGUUUGAUCCUUCAGCAAAGUCCUCUGAUCUGAGCCAAAUGAAAAAAUCUAUGAUCUGUUGUCAAGAGGAUGAUGACACUCCACACCCAACAAUGAAAAUAACUUGAAAUCAGCAGUAGAAACACCCUGAACUUUCAUUACAUGUACACAGAACCACAGGGUGAUAGCCUCUAACAGGAUAUUAAAGCGGUUAUUCAGGUAAAAGUAGGCACAAGUUAGUAAAACAUGCAUGGGAAUUAAAUGUAUGAAGUCUGACAUGUGCUGAAUAUAUUCUUUUUUAUCGUUUUUAUAUAUUUUGUUGUGUACAACAAUGUAUUUUUUAAUCAUUUAUAACCAUGGAAUCAUCUCAAACAUCAAAUAAAAAGAAGUCUUUAUGUAGAUUAUGUCCAAUAUAAGUAUCACUGUUUAAAAUGACUGUCAAAAAAUUACAAAGUUCAAUGAAAUUAAUUAUUUUAGAUGGACGUGUCACUAGGGAGAAGUUUUUUUUUUUUUUAUAAUACUAUACAAACACUGGGAUUUUACGGUUUGUAUAUAGAGUCUGAAGAUGGACUGAAAGACUUGUGUAGCGACAAUAGAUUUAACACGUAAACCAGAAAUGCGGGUUUACAAGCGUUUACAUAGACUUUUAAUAAAAGCGGAAUUUCAAGCAACCGCAGUGACAAUAAAUCAUAUAUUAAAAUAUAGCUGUGAAACAAAGUCUGAAACAAGAUGUGCAGUUUGACAUUUCUCACCAAGCCACUUCCAACUACAGGUAAAGACACUAGUAUCUGGUAUCAGCAGUCCAGUGUGAACACCUUAUGCUAAUAGUGCGUUCAAGAAGGGCCAUUUAGUGCAUCCUUGAAUGUACCUUACAUCCCCAGUGUAAACGUAGCAAUGGAGUUUUCUUGAAUGGAUUUUACCAGUUUAAAAGUAUCAGUCCUUUUUGCUCUGGUGUUUAUUGAUUUGAUUUUUAAAGAUUUUUUGCUGAACAAUCAAAAAGUAAUGUUCAGUUUAUGUUAGGUGGUUUUUCUCAGUAGUAUUUUUGUGCUGUAAUUUUUAUUAUUUGGUUUAAAGUUUCUUAGUUGACCAUUGUGAUUAUAGUUUGCUAGUUGUUUAAGUCUGUGUAUUACCGUGACAACACUAGAAAUAUUUUGGAGACAUCUCUAAUCUAAUACUUAUAUAAUACUUUAUGUGGUCAAUGAACGAUUCAUUUUAUUGUUUUAAACUAAAGCUGAGUGCAGUUUAUAUUUUGAGUCGUGUAAGCAAGUAACCAUUUCGUGAAGAAGAAAUGUUCUAAUAAAAGUUCAGAUAAAGAGCCCGACUGGUGUUUGUCUUGUGUUCUUGUGAUUCCUGUUUUCUAUAAAACAUUAGAACUCAUUGUCUGUUCUUUUUAGUUUUCAGUGUUCUGUCCCAAUCUUUACUAUGAAGAAUAAAGCGGACGUGAACAUCAGUCAGAUUUGCAAACAUGAAACCUACACAGUAUCUUUUUCACCAUCUGACUGGUAACAUUUAGUUUGAUCAAAAUUUUACUUCAACAUUUUUUUCCAUUUACAUAGUUUACCAUAGAAAAAACUGUUAUUGAUUUACUUUUUCUUAUAAAUGAAGUCUGUGUG